AUUUGCAACAGAGCAGCGCACGUGGAGAGCAAACUGCUGCACCGAAUAAACACUCAUCUGUGUUGACAUUUCAGCACAGCGUUCAUAUUCGCCCAGUUCGGAUACAUUUAUGUACACUUUCUGAUUAUUUGCACCAGGGCAAAUGUUACCAGAGGUAUUUUCGACACGUUUUUCAAAAGACUCGUAAGGAAUAAAAGUCAAGCCGCCCCAAAAGACUGUUGAGCAUGUGCUUGGUACAACACUUACACUUUUAAAUUGGGACCCCUCUCCCGCGAAUUUAAAAGUUGAGCCAUUGUAAGUAUGGUGGAUAAAGGUCCUCUAUUGACUUCUGCGAUCAUUUUUUAUCUGUCCAUCGGGGCAGCAAUAUUCCAAGUUCUCGAGGAACCGAAUUGGAAACUUGCUGCAAAACAGUACAAUGCACAAAGGGAUAAAAUACUAGAAGACUACCCCUGUCUCACCAAAGAUGACUUGGACAAGAUUUUGGAGGUGGUGUCGGAUGCUGCCGGACAAGGUGUCACCAUCACUGGCAGCAAGACUUUCAACAACUGGAACUGGCCCAAUGCUGUCAUCUUUGCUGCUACUGUCAUCACAACUAUAGGUUAUGGCAACAUUGCCCCCAAAACGUCAGCAGGACGGGUGUUCUGCAUCUUCUAUGGGCUCUUCGGAGUGCCACUCUGUCUUACCUGGAUCAGUGAGCUGGGGAAGUUCUUUGGAGGCAGGGCCAAGCACCUGGGUCAGUACCUUACCAAGAGAGGGGUUUCACUGCGAAAGGCCCAGUUCACUUGCACAGCCAUCUUUGUCCUUUGGGGUGUACUGGUCCAUCUGGUCAUCCCCCCAUUUGUAUUUAUGUCUCAAGAGGGUUGGACCUAUGUGGAGGGCUUGUACUUUUCCUUUGUCACCUUGACCACGAUUGGCUUUGGUGACCUUGUAGCAGGCGUGGAUCCAAAUGCAGACUACCCCACUCUGUACCGUUAUUUUGUGGAGGUGUGGAUUUACCUGGGUUUGGCCUGGCUCUCCCUGUUUUUCAACUGGAAGGUGCGCAUGGUCGUGGAGGCCCACAAGGCUCUGAAGAAACGACGCAAGCGGCGCAAGCUCUCCCUUAACGAGCUGAGGAACUACAAGGAGAGUCAUAAGCCCCUCUACCUGCCGCCCACCGCCAACGACGUCAACAUCUUCAGCUUCCUGUCCAAGAAGCAAGAAGGCUACAACGACCUCAUCAAACAGAUUGGUGUCAAGAAAGAUGGUAGCGGGGACCACUGUGAUGGUAAUGAUGCCAGUAACAAGGGCAAGGAGGCGAACCGCUCCCAGAGCUGCAUUGACACGGUUACCUGCACCGGGAACACUAUUCUCAGCCUGGACCGCUCACCGCGGCAGAAGCGGCGCUACAGCUUCAGUGACCGCGUCACAGUGGCCUUCUCAAAGUCCAAGAACUACCUCCUGGGCUCGGAGAACGGGAUGCUGCUCACAGAGGACCAUGGUGAGGUUGAUUUGGACGGGGACCAGGAGAGGAUGUACGAGAACCAACUGGACAAAGAGGUGGGCCAGGAGAGCGGAGGUGGCAGCCUGGGCGGUGGUGGAGGUUGCGGUAUGGGUGGUCGACGGCUGUGGGACUCCAAAGAGUACCAGUCCCUGAUCUUCCAGAAUGCGAACAUCACUUUUAUUGACGAGGAGAACGUCCUCAACAACAACCUGGAGGAUGAGGACGAUGAUGCUAAAGCCAAGCUGUCAAUCACCACGUGCGACGAAAAUGUAGAGUCGGAGACUGACUCCAAAGAGGAGCAGGGCUCUGAAUCAGAAGAGUCCGUGUUCACCAGCGAUGGAUCAGAACAUGACCACUCUUAUGAGAAGCUUGUGGAGGAAUAUUCAAAGGAGGACAACACAGAGUCCUGAGGAACUGAACUGGUCUUGACUGAACUAAACUUGGAAUAAUCCCUCAUUUGUCAUCGCUAUGACAAAAACAUUUUUUUACAAUUUAAGGCAUAGCCACAUUCUCGUUGAACUUGGAUCUAAUGAAGGAGAAAUCUUUUAAUAUUCUGUUAAUAUCAAAGACUGUGAAAUGAACAUUACAGGUUUUAUGUCUAUCACUCUGGUGCAGUUUUUCAGAUGUAAGUGGUAUAUUGCCCGUGUCUUAUGUUCAAAACCUUUCAUUGGAGUUGAACACAUCUUUCAUCUCCGAGUCUUUCAUGCAAUUUUUUCUCAAAUACCAUGAGAACAUUUUGCUUAGUCACCAAUACAUCAGAUAAUAACAGGCUCACCAUUUAGUCAUUUUAACUAACGUUUAAUCCGAUAGCAGAAAAUACAUUAUACAAUUUUCAAAACGGAUCUUUUUGAAGUGCUGAAUCGAAGGAAUAAUAGAUCGUAUUGAAGAAUACUGGCUGAUGAAGGAUGACAAUGGACAAUGUAGUAACUAGGCACUAUACACUUUUGUUUCAGUAGUCUUCAGUUUUGAGCAUGUUAAUUUGGUUAUAGUUAAAUUAAGAAAUUACAAGAUAAUCAUAUAAAGAGUAAUGAAAAGCAGAUACUUGGAGUGGACAAGUGACUGUGAAUUUGUUUGUAAAUGCACUUAGUUUUGAAACAGCCAUUUUGAUUACAUGUUUCGAUUUUUGUGCUAAGAAUUGUGAAAGAUGCUUUUGAAAAUUACACCAGAGUGAUUGAAAAAGACUAACAUUCUUCCCUCAAACGAUCAAAUAAUGUGUCUAUGUUAAACAAUGAGUUUUUGAACUUAUUAACUCCUUCUGGUUAUAGACUAAAUGGAGUGACACCUAUGGACUUAUAGAUAAAGUUGUCCUACAUUAAUUCACUACUGUUUUCAGAAGAUAUGGUCGUCUAACAUUUGUUUGAAACAAGAUUGAGUUUUUCAAUCAAUUUGAGAUGUUAAUAUGAAAUAGCAAGGGUGAAUACAUUUUUCAGAGGAUUGCUCCUUACUUCUUUGAUUUAUAUUCACCAUAUUGGUGUUUUUUUGUGAUAUUUAUACAAUGAAGGAAAAUGCAGCCCUUUUGUUAAAGGGGCAAUCCACAGUUGCUACAUACAUUUUUGGACGUAUACAUUAUUGAGAUACACUGAGUGUACAGAACAUUAGGAACACCUUCCUAAUUUUGAGUUGCACCCCUUUUCGCUCUCA